GUUUUUCAUUCACUAAGGCCCCGCCUAAUUGAGAAAGAUGAACGGGAUCCUCGCUGCUAAGAAUUGCUCUGUGAGUCCAGCUCAAACUCCAGGACACUCCUUCAAACGUGGCCAGAUGAGUAAAAAAGUGUCCGGUGGUAAAAACGAGAGCGUCAGAGAACAAAGCAAAGACUGUGAGCAGAAACAAGGACCGGGCUGUGUCAUUAGGAACGUCCAGAUGUUAGAAGAGCGCUUCAUGAUGAUGGACUCCCCACCGAAGAAAACGCCACGCUCUCACCAGCGGAGGUGGUCGGUCUCGGUGACGUCCCCAGUCAUUGUUGUUAGGAAGAGCAGGAAGGAACCGCUGCCGCCUCAGCGCAGCGUUUCCCUCCUGCAACCCCCAGCAGCCCCACAUUCUUCCUUCAAGCGGUACUCCUUCCCUCUUAUUGGGACCUUCACCUCACCAGGUCGCCCAUCCAGCUCAUCCUCUUCCUCCUCCUCCUCUACCUCCUCCUGCUCCUCGCCCCCUCCCGUCCAGACGUCUGCCAUCACUGGCCACGAUCCGCUCGGCUGGAAGGUACAACCCAAAUCCAGCUCCAGCUCCUCCCGGGCACGCGCUAAAAGGCUGUCUCUGCAGAUCCCCCUCCCCGUUGUCCCCGUGUCCAACCCUCAAAGCCCGGAGCCGUCGUUCAAAGCCAAACCAGCUCUCAGGCCAAAACCUUUCCGCCGCCACUCCGAAUCCUCGGCCUUCCUCGGGUCACCGGGGAGCCCUCUACCUGCGGUGACACGCCAGGAGCUUCUGGCCGUGCGCCUCCGCCCAGUUACAGUUCAUUCAGGGGAGCCAGAUGAGGUCUUCUGCGAGCCGACUCCGGGUGAAGGGUCGGCAACCGGCGGGCCGCGCAAAGUACCACCUCCGGUUCCAGAAAAGACGGCCAUGGCGAGACAAAUCUCGCAGCUGAUCGCUAUGUCACGAAAACGCUGUUGUGCCGUCGUAGCUACAAGCAACAGAGAUAAAAACGCUCACACCAGCGUGAUACCGCUAAAACCUAAACAAUCCCCUCAGCAUGGAGGCCACAACAACAACAACACAGCAACUAAAACGGCUGGAUUGAGUCUCCAUACUGGCUGUGACAGAGAGAGGUGCACGCCACAUUUCAGCUGGCUGAAAAGGCUGCAAGGACAAAGUGGAAGAUGCUCCCAGUCAUCAUGACCAAGAAGCAGUGUGUUGCUCUCUGCAAAGAACAAGCGCAUCUUUUAAAACAGAGCACUGUGCUCUUCGAGCUUACUUUGAGACACUGAAAAUGUUAAAAUGUUGAAAAUUAUCGAAACAUGGUUUAAUGCAUAGCGGAAAAGACAUUUAGAUAUAACAAAGACAUCGAGACUCUAAGUAAGUUCUGAUUUAAUCUGGCUAAUCAGCAUGGGGGGGAAAAAAGAAAAAAAGUGCAGAAAAGAAAUGCAGGUAUCCCAACAUAGCUGAGAUCAGCACCAUGUACGUAUAUCACAAAUCGCAACGCUAUCGCAACAAUCCUAUUGGAGAUUUUAUAAAUCUAAUCUCACAGUCCUGAGUGUUUUCCCAGAGGAAUUAAGAUGUCUGAAAACUGAUAAACUCUGCUUUAUGCUCAUUUCUUUCAUUGUUUGUGCAUGAACUACUGAAUAUAUGCGAGUAGGAAAACUUUGAAUACUUUUUAGUAAAUAAAAAUGGCUUCAAAUAAACAGUUCAUUUUUAUCUUGACAUCUGACACUCAGGUGAAGUCUUUAUUAUGGUAGAAACAAGACUGAAACAGGCUAACGGUGCUGUUCAUUUUUGGAAGUGACAGUCAAAGGCAAUACAUUCGUCUUUUACACAUUCACUUUCAAGGA